AAAUGAAAAGAUUGCAGAAUCCUUUAGAACAAGUUAAUGAUGGAAAAUAUUUACUUGAAAAUCACCAGUUGGCCAUGGAUAUGGAGAAUAAUAUUGAAAACUAUCACCUCAAUCUACAGCCCUUGGAAUCAAAAGUGAAAAUCAUUCAGCGAGCAUGGCGCGAGUACCUGCAGCGGCAGGACCCCCUGGAGAAGAGGUGCCCGUCCCCGCCCUCCAUGUCCUCGGACAAGCUGAGCAGCUCCGUCAGCAUGAACACCUUCUCCGACAGCAGCACACCCGAUUACCGAGAGGAUGGGAUGGAUCUAGGCAGUGACGCCGGCAGCAGCAGCAGCAGCAGCAGCCGCGCCAGUUCGCAGUCCAACUCCACCAAAGUGACCCCUUGCUCCGAGUGCAAAUCCUCGUCGUCGCCGGGGGGCAGCCUGGACUUGGUGUCUGCCCUGGAGGACUAUGAGGAGCCCUUCCCGGGUUACCAGAAGAAGGUGAUUGAUGAGUGGGCGCCGGAGGAGGACGGGGAGGAGGAGGAAGAGGAGGACGAGCGCGACGGACGAGGGUACCGGGAUGACCGCUGUCCCGCCCGGGAGCCGGGGGACGUGAGCGCCAGGACCCGCAGCGGCGGCGGCGGCGGCGGGGGGAAAGGAGCCACCACCGCCAUGCCUCCCCCCCUGCCCAACGGCAACCUCCACCCGCACGACCCCCAGGACCUCAGGCACAAUGGCAACGUGGUGCUGCCCGGCUGGCCCAGCGGCGCUCGAGUCCCCCGCCGGGCGGUCCAGAAGCCCCAGCUGGCGGGGGGCCUGCGCGGCGGCCGGGGCCCGGCGGCGGGGGGCCUCUGCCUUCAGCCCACGGACAGCGGAACGUGCGUCCCAGAGGAGCCCCCGAUGCCCCCAAUGGACUGGGAGGCGCUGGAGAAGCAUCUGGCUGGACUGCAGUUCCGGGAGCAGGAGGUGCGGAACCAGGGCCAGGGGAGGACCAACUCAACCUCAGUGGCUGGUUCCUUCUCAUCAUUCCUGACUCUGUUCAACUCUGACCUUCUCGGAGCUGCUGUCCUGACCACACUCCCUAAAGCACAGAAAAAUGAGAGAGAAUCUAUCCGACAGAAGUUGGCACUCGGGAGCUUCUUUGAUGAUGGCCCAGGAAUUUAUACCAGCUGCAGCAAAAGUGGGAAGCCAAGCCUUUCCUCUCGCCUGCAGAGUGGGAUGAACCUGCAGAUCUGCUUUGUCAACGACAGCGGCAGUGACAAGGACAGCGAUGCGGAUGACAGCAAGACGGAAACCAGCCUGGACACCCCCUUGUCGCCCAUGAGCAAACAGAGCUCUUCCUAUUCUGAUAGAGACACUACUGAAGAGGAAUCUGAAUCCCUAGAUGAUAUGGAUUUCCUCACCAGGCAAAAGAAAUUGCAAGCUGAAGCUAAAAUGGCCCUCGCCAUGGCCAAGCCCAUGGCCAAAAUGCAAGUAGAAGUGGAAAAACAGAACAGGAAAAAGUCUCCCGUCGCUGACCUACUGCCACACAUGCCUCAUAUAAGCGAAUGCUUGAUGAAGAGGAGUUUGAAGCCCGCUGACCUGAGGGACAUGACUAUUGGGCAGCUACAAGUCAUAGUCAAUGAUCUCCAUUCUCAGAUAGAAAGCUUGAAUGAAGAGCUGGUCCAGCUGCUGCUCAUCCGAGAUGAGCUGCACACGGAACAGGACGCCAUGCUGGUGGACAUUGAAGACUUGACCAGACAUGCCGAAAGUCAGCAAAAGCACAUGGCAGAGAAAAUGCCUGCGAAGUGAAGAGGAGCCAUCCCAUCAGAGGACAAGCUAGACGUCUUUUUGCUUCUGUGGUUGUAAAAAUGCUGUUGUGCAAGGUGGCGCAGAAACAAACAAACAUCAGUGUUAGUCAUUGAUAAUGUCUGAAGCUUCAUGUCCAGUGAUUGGCCUUUGCUUCUUUUUCUUUCUUUUUUUUCCCACAUUUUACCAGAUGAAUUUAAUUGACAUUUUCAGAGCAUUACACCCCAAAACUGCAGGGCACACGUUCCCCUCAACUCACAUGGAACACCCUCUAGGACAGACCACAUAUUAAGCCACAAGACAAGCUUAAAUGAACUUAAAAAGAUUUAAAUCAUUCCACACAUCUCCCACCCCACCCCCAGCCACAAUGGCAUGAAAGUAGAAAUCAAUGUUAAAAAAAACACCUGAAAAACACACAAACACAUGGAGGCUAAAUAACACGCUACCAAACAGUGAAUGGGCUAACAAUGAGACCAAGGAAGAAAUCAAAAGAUACCUUGAUCCCUGGCUGGUGUGGCUCAGUUAGUUGAGUGCCGUCCAGUUCAAUUCCGGGUCAGGGCACAUGCCCGGGUUGUGGGCUCAAUCCCCAGUAGGAGGCGU